GUCAGAAAAUGUCGUUGAAAAACUUGUGAAAUUGUAUGUCAAUACACUGCUUCUGCUAUGCAAUAUGGUCAAUUUAUGGAAUUCAUAGAACGACAAUUAUGUUUCUUUGAUAUUUGACCAUCACGUUGUGGUUCUUCUUAAGAUAUGUCGCCUCCUCUCGUUGUGGCUUCUUGUUCCUCCUCCUCUUCCCGCAACUGGUCAUACGAUGUUUUCCCUAGCUUUAGCGGAGAGGAUGUCCGCAAAACAUUCCUCAGCCACUUUCUCAGGGAGCUUGAGCGGAAUUCGAUCGUUGCUUUCAAAGACAACGAGAUGGAGAGAAGCCAGUCAAUCGCCCCGGAGCUCGUACAAGCCAUCAGAGAUUCGAGGAUCGCAGUGGUUGUGUUCUCCAAAAACUACGCAUCUUCAAGCUGGUGUCUAAACGAGUUGCUGGAGAUUCUGCAGUGCAACGAAGAGUUGGGCCAACUGGUGAUACCGAUCUUUUACGGUUUGGACCCUUCUCACCUUAGGAAACAGACAGGAGACUUUGGAGAGGCAUUUAAAAAGACUUGCCAAAACCAAACACAUGAAGUUGAAGAUCAGUGGAAGCAAGCUUUGACCAAUGUUGCAAAUAUCCUCGGAUAUCAUUCUAAAAACUGUGAUAGUGAAGCUGCAAUGAUUGAAGAAAUCUCCAAUGAUAUUUUAGGUAAACUUGAUGUAACUCCAUCGUCUAAUGAGUUUGAGGACUUUGUCGGCAUGAAAGAUCAUAUGGCAGAGGUGAUACUAUUGAUGAAUUUGGAAUCCAAGGAAGUGAAGAUGGUUGGGAUAUGGGGUACUUCGGGAAUUGGCAAGACUACUAUUGCAAGAGCUUUAUUUUGUAAUAUCUCUAAUCAGUUCCAGAAAAGUGUUUUCAUAGACAGGGCCUUCAUAUCGAAGAGUAUGGAAGUUUAUGGCCGAGCCAAUCCAGUUGACUAUAACAUGAAGCUGCGCUUGCGGAUGAACUUCCUGUCUGAAAUCUUGGAAAGAAAGAACAUGAAGAUUGGUGCAAUGGAAGAAAGGCUAAAGCACCAGAAAGUUCUCAUCGUUAUUGAUGAUUUGGAUGAUCAAUACGUGUUGGAUGCUUUAGCGGGUCAAACCAAAUGGUUUGGAAGUGGUAGUAGAAUUAUUGUGGUUACAACAGACAAGCAACUUUUAAAAGCCAGCGGUAUUGAUUCUAUAUACGAGGUUGGUCUCCCAUCCGAUGAACAAGCUCUAGAGAUGUUCUGUCGAUCUGCUUUCAGGCAAGACUCUCCACCUGAAGGUUUGAUGGAGUUUGCUUCUGAAGUUGUGGAGCGUGCUGGUAGUCUUCCUUUGGGUCUCGACGUUUUGGGUUCGUCUUUGCGGGGGUUGAACAAGGAGGAUUGUUUGAAUAUGCUGCCUAGGCUUAGGAGAAGUCUAGAUGGUAAAAUAGAGGAGACACUAAGAGUCGGUUAUGAUGGGUUACUUAGAGAAGAUAAGGCGAUAUUUCGUCAUAUUGCAUGUCUUUUCAAUCAUGUUGACGUCAAAGACAUCAAGCUGUUUCUUGCUGAUAGUGAGUUGGAUGUUGAUAUAGGGCUGAAAAACCUAAUUAACAAGUCCCUCAUUCAGGUGAGGUGGGGUAAAGUGGAGAUGCACCAUUUGCUACAAGAAAUGGGUAGAAACAUGGUUCGGUUACAGUCCAUUAGAAAACCUCAAAAGCGGGAAUUUCUAGUGGAUUCAAAAGAUAUAUGUGAUGUACUCAGUGAAAGCAUUGGUACUCCAAAGCUUUUAGGGAUAGCACUGAAUAUUGAUGAGACUGAUGAGUUGCAAAUACAUGAGAGUGCCUUCAAAGGGAUGCGUAAUCUCCGUUUUCUAGAAGUUUACUCGAAUAAAGUUAGGUUUGGAAAUGGAGACAACAAACCGAAGCUACCCAAAAGUUUCGACUGUUUGCCUCCUAAGCUCAAACUACUGUGUUGGUCUGGGUAUCCAAUGCGAUGUAUGCCUUCUACAUUUUGUACAGAGAGACUCGUCAAGCUCAAAAUGCGGAAUAGCAAACUAGAGAAGCUGUGGGAAGGAGUUAUGUCUCUUACAUGUCUCACUGAGAUGGAUUUGUGUGGAUCACAUGACCUGAAAGAGAUCCCAGAUCUUACGACGGCCACCAAUCUUGAAACACUUAAUCUUCAAUCUUGUAGGAAUUUGGUAGAGCUUCCUUCCUCAAUAUGAAAUCUCAAUAAACUGAUAAAAUUGGACAUGCAGUUCUGUAAAAAGCUGGAGACUCUCCCAAGUGGCAUUAAUCUCAAAUCUCUCAACCACCUCAAUCUCAGUUUUUGCUCACAGUUGAAGACUUUUCCGGAAAUCUCCACCAACAUCUCAUUUCUCUUUCUGGAAGAAACAAGAGUUGGAGAGUUCCCCACAAAUUUGCGUCUUGAGAAUCUUGUUAAGCUUCACAUGUCUAAAGUAACGAUAAAGAAACAAUGGAAAGGUGUACAGGUAUGUAGAUUUCUAAGGGGGUGUUAUUGGUUUAUGUAUUUUAAUGGAUUUCAAAAUCUAAACCAAAUUCAGUGUUAUUGGUUCUAUGAUUUUAAAAUUCAAAUUCAAAUACACUGUUAUUGGUUCUA